GUUGAAACGAUAUUUGACUAAAGAUAUUUCUAAACAACUUCAGACCAUUCUUUACCGUUUAUUGUAUAUAUGGAGUAUGUAUGGCAUGAUUUGAUCGUAGGUGUACAGCCUUUUUCGUGAUCAGAGUACAGAAGGAUCUGCAUACAGAUAUCAUCCGUAUGAUAGAAAGGACAAUUAAAAACGUAAUAAAAUUUAAUAUAUUAAGAAAUUCGGAAAGGGAAAAAAUAUUUAUUUUAUAAAAAUAAAGUUGAUCUUUGAAAUCAGUGAAAGAUGCAGGAAUCUCAACCGAAAAAAGGGAAAAAGGCAAGAAGAAAGCGUAAUGAUAGUGACGAGGACAUUGAGAAGGUUCUGGCAGAAUUAGAAUUGGAAUAUUCCGGUCAAAAAGCAUCUGUCAAAGAGGUUAAAGAUAUAAAGGAAAUAAAAGAAAUUAAAGAUGAUAAGGAAGUUAAAGAUGAUUCGGAACAGAAAAUAGAUGAGGAUAAAAAGAAGAAAGCAAAGAAAGAUAAGAAAAAGGAUAAAGGUGAAAGUAAGGACAUAAAGGAAGAAUCAAAAAAUGAUAUUAAUAAUGAAGCGGCCAUUGAUGAUGCAAUUGUUACCGGCGAUGACGAUAUGGAAGGUGGUACUGUAAAAACUGCAGCCCAAAAGAAAAAAGAAAAGAAAGAACGAGAGAAGCAAAAGAAAUUGGCCUUAAAAAAAGCAGAGGCUAUUAAGAAAGCCGAAGGCGGAGAGAUAACGAAAAAGCCUGAAAGUAAUGAAAAACUAAAUGAAAAAAAUGUGGAAGAGAAAGUAUCUAAUGUUGCAGAAGCUGAAGGAGAUACGGGUGAAGCUGAGGAUGGAAAGAAAAAGAAGAAGAAGGGCGCUAAAGAGGAUGCUAAAGAAAAAGCUAAAGGACCCGGUAAGAAGACUAUUGCUGCUAUGCAAGAGGCUUUAAGAAAAUUAAAGGAGGAAGAGGAACGAUUAAAACGAGAGGAGGAAGAAAGGAUAAGACAAGAAGAAUUACGUGAGAAAGCUAGAUUAGAACAACUUCAAUUGGAACAGGAACGAAAGGAAAGGAAAAAAUUGAAGGAAAAGCAAAGGAAAGAAAGAUUGAAAGCCGAAGGAAAGCUUUUAACAACGAAACAAAAACAGGACAGAGCUAGAGCUCAAGCUAUGAUCGAUGCUCUUAAAGCUCAAGGUUUAGAUUUACCUGAUGUGGGAGAUAAAAAGCCUAGAGCAGGUACAAGAAUAAGACAAAAUAAAAUAAAGCAACAAGUUAGCGUGGAAGAGAAAGAUGAUAAAAAAUUAGAAGAUACAGAAACUGAUACGGAUCGCGUUCAAGUUGAAAUAGUUGAUCAAACGCCAAAGGACGUUAGUGAUAAAAAGGAAGAGGAAGUAAAGGAUUCUUGGGAUGCUGAAAGUAGCGGCGAUGAACAGGAAGAGGAAGACAAAUCCGAUGAAGCAUCGAAAACGCCUGAGGAAACUAAGGAAAUGAUUUUACCCGAUCAAGAGAAGUCACAUUUGGAAGUAGAUUUAGAUAAGAAAGAAACGUCAGAAAGUGAAUCCGAAAGUGAAAGCGAAAGUGAAUCAGAAUCUGAAGAUGAGAGCGAGGAAGAUAGUGGAUUGGAAGAUAAGCUACCGGAUGCGGCACGUAAGAAGGAACGUGCUCAAGAACGUAUACAAAAUCGUCGAAUCGAAGCGGAAAAAAAGAAAUCUUUAGAUAAUUUGAGAGCAGCUGUUGUUUGUGUAUUGGGUCAUGUAGAUACCGGAAAAACAAAGAUUCUCGAUAAAUUAAGGAGAACCAAUGUGCAAGACGGCGAGGCAGGUGGUAUUACGCAACAAAUUGGUGCUACCAAUGUGCCCAUUGAUGCGAUACAAGAAUCAACGAAACAUGUGAAGGGUUUCGCUGAUAAAAUAUUUAAGAUACCGGGACUAUUGAUAAUAGAUACGCCUGGUCACGAAUCCUUCAGUAAUCUCAGAAGUCGAGGAUCUUCUCUUUGCGAUAUAGCAAUUUUAGUAGUUGAUAUUAUGCACGGUUUGGAACCACAAACGAUAGAAAGUAUAAAUCUAUUGAAAGCUAAGAAGUGUCCAUUUGUUGUUGCCCUUAAUAAGAUCGACAGGUUGUAUGACUGGCAAACGAUGAAUCGAAAGGAUGUUCAAGAUAUUAUUAAAAGUCAGGCCAUUAAUACGCAACGAGAAUUUGAGAAACGUUCGAAAGACGUUAUAGUGCAAUUUGCCGAGCAGGGCCUAAACGCGGCGUUAUUUUAUGAAAAUCCAGAUCCACGUAGUUACGUGUCAUUAGUUCCUACGAGUGCCAUAACAGGUGAGGGCAUGGGAAACUUGCUAGCAUUAAUAGUCGAUGCUUCCCAGGGCCCGUUAGCUAAGAGACUUAUGUACAGCGAAGAGCUUCAAGCUACUGUACUAGAGGUUAAAGCAUUACCUGGCUUAGGAACUACGAUAGAUUGUAUUCUAGUCAAUGGUAUGUUGAAGGAAGGUGAUACAAUGAUAGUCGCGGGAACAGAUGGACCUAUAGUUACACAAAUUCGUUCACUUCUUAUGCCGCAACCGUUAAAAGAAUUGAGAGUAAAGAAUGCAUAUAUCGAGCAUCGCGAAGUUAUGGCUGCGCAAGGUGUCAAGAUAGCUGCGAAGGAUUUAGAAAAAGCUAUCGCAGGAUUGAAUCUUCAAGUCGCACAAAAACCAGACGAGGUCGAUGUCCUUAAAGAAGAAAUAUCUAAAGAACUCAGCAGUGCUCUUGGAAAUAUAAGACUUGCCGAAAGGGGUGUAUACGUCCAAGCGUCAACAUUGGGUGCCCUGGAAGCAUUGUUAGAUUUCCUUAGGAGCAGCAAAAUUCCGUAUUCUGGUAUACGAAUUGGACCAGUCGUGAAGAAGGACGUGAUGAAGGCCUCGAUUAUGCUUGAACACGACAGUCAAUAUGCCACAAUUCUGGCGUUUGAUGUAAAGAUAGAGAGGGACGCACAAGAACUCGCCGACUCGUUGGGGGUCAAGAUCUUCCAAGCCGACAUCAUCUACCACCUGUUCGACAAGUUCACAUCCUACAGGGAGGAACUUAAACAACGCAAGCGAGACGAGAAUAAACACAUUGCCGUUUUUCCUUGCAAACUACGUGUCUUACCGCAGUAUAUCUUCAAUUCAAGAGAUCCUAUAGUGAUGGGCGUUAUGGUCGAAGCCGGUAUCGUUAAGGAAGGAACGCCGCUCUGCGUGCCAAGCAAAGAUUUCGUCGAGUUGGGUAUUGUAUCGAGUAUAGAAUACAAUCACAAGUCUGUAGAAUCGGCUCGUAAAGGACAAGAGGUUUGUAUCAAGAUCGAGCCUAUACCCGGCGAGGCACCAAAAAUGUUUGGCCGUCAUUUCGACGAAAAGGAUUUCGUCGUUAGCAAGAUAAGCCGACAAAGUAUAGACGCCUGUAAGGAUUACUUCAGGGACGACCUUUUGAAAACCGAUUGGCAAUUAAUGGUAGAAUUGAAAAAACUCUUCCAAAUACUCUAGGACUCGCCAAGGAGUUCGCGAUGAUCCUCGCGCGCGCGAACAUAAGAAAAAAAUACCGUGGGCCGGAUUCUUAGGGACAACGAGGCAAUAUCCUUGAAGAAGAAAGAACAGUGGUAUAUUAUAUUCUACGACGAUUAUAGAACGGGAUAAUUAUUGUAGCACUCUAUAGACGGAUAACAUCCUCGUCCUCGGUGAGAUAAAGAAAGAAAAAAGGAAACGAAAGAAAGAUAGAAGGAAAAAAGAUGAAGAAGAAUAUCGAUAAUGAUAAUAACAAUAACAAUAACAAUAACAAUAAUAAUAAUAAUAAUAAUAAUAAUAAUAAUAAUAAUAAUAAUCGUCAUCGAUUACGACGACGUCCCGACGGCGAUUUCUCGAGUACGUUCGUUCAUACGUUUCUUUUUUUGGGGUGGAAGGGGUGGGGGGGGGAAAGGAAAAGAAAAAGAAAAAGAAAAAGAAAAACGUCCCGCGUUGAAAUGCCGCAACUUCCUCUCGAUAUAAAAAUUCGAGAGAAGGAGUGAUUAACGGAAAGAAAAAAAAAAAAAAGAAAAAAGAAAGAAAGGGAAAAAAGAAAGAGAGAGAGAGAGAGAAAAUAAAAAAAUAAAAAAGAUAAAGAAGAAGAAGAAGAAGAAGAUGAUUUUUAUUUCCGUCAUAAUCCGUCGUGUGUAAGUAAGUAAUUACUACGGCCCCAAUCGUCAUCGUUCGAAGGUCAACGAACCUUCCCUUCAAUUCGUUCGCGUAAAAGUUCUCCCUCUUUCGAAAAAAAGGGGAGGAAGAAGAAGAAUAAGAAGAAGAAGAAAGAGAAGAAAAGGAAAGAGAGAGAGAGAGAGAGAGAGGGAGAGAGAGAGAAAGAGAGAGAAAAGGAAACCUCGAGAAUCUGAAAUAUAUGUUAAUAGUACGAAGGUGCGAAAAAACUUUUGUUAAGAAUGAAGAAGAGUAAUCGCACUAACGCGUUAAAGUCGCUUACGAGUUUUCCGCUACGAUGCGCUUUCAUCGUCUUGUCUUGUCCCCUCUCAAAGUUCUGACUAUUGGGACGAUUCCGUUAUAAUCCGAACAAACUCGUCGAGUUACUUGCAAUCGAUGAAUAUAUAUAUAAAUAUAUAUAUAUAUAUAUCUUUAAUAUAUAUAUCUUUAAUAUAUAUAUAUAUAUUAAUUAUAUAUAUAGAUAUAUAUAUAUAAUAUAAAUAUAUUUAUAUAUAUAUUUAUAUAUAUAUAUAUAAAUGUAACUAUAUCUAAUAAUCCUAUUCGCCGAGGAGAAAAGACACUAGUGAAAGAAAAGAAUAAUCUUUCAUCGUCUCGUCGACUUCAAUCCAUCUCUGUAUCUAUCUCUCUCUUUCUCUCUCUCUCUCUCUCUCUCUCACUCUUUAUUUAUCUAUCUAUCUUUCUCAUUGUCUCGCUAUCUCUAUCUCUACCUCUACCUCUGUCUCUGUCUCUUUGUUUCUAUCUUUGUCCUUUGUCUCUGUCUCUCAAUUUUUUUUUCUUUUUCUCUCUCUCUCUCUCUCUCUCUCUCUCUCUCUUCAUUUAUCUUCGUCGACUUCUUCAACGUUAAAGUACCGACAAAAACCAAUGCUCGACGUAUUAUUUCUCCCUGAUUCUUCGCAUAAAUGCCUUACCUUACUUACUUAUUCGACAACUGUUCUGUCGAAACAAAGUUGUUAGUAAUCCUUUUCGAGAGACGGAUAGAAGCGAUUUAGAUAAAACGAAUAAAAAUGGAAGAAAGGAAGGAAGAAAUAGAGAGAGAGAGAGAGAGAGAGAGAGAGAGAGAAUGAAAAUGUGUCUACGGUCGUCGACCAUAGAGUGUCGGACGAAACAUAUGGUACACACGAUACAUCUCUCUCUUUCUCUCUCUCUCUCUCUCUCUCUAUUACUCUUUGAGAAACCGUCUGUGAACCGAAGGAAAAAAAGUAGUAGUAAAAGAAGAAGAAGAAGAAGAAGAAAAAGAGGAGGUGGAGAAGAAGGAGGAACGUUACGUUCAUAAGACUCGUUACGUCGACGGUAAAAAGAAAAGAAUAUUACGAAUAAAAAACGACAUAGUGGCGAGAAAGAAAACGAGGAGCCACGUUCACGUGCCUGUUCUUCGUAGAGAUUCGAAACCCUUAAGGAGUGAAAGAAAGAGAAAGAGAGAGAGAGAGAGAGAGAGAGGAAUCAUCGUCGUCGUCGUCGUCGUUGUCGUCGUCGUCGUCGUCGUCGUCGUCGUCGUCGUCGUUGCGCAUUGCGCGUUGCGUCGUACUCGCCUAUAAACUUGCCUUGGUACUCACGAUCAUUCUUGGAAGAGAGGAGCGUGUGUCUGGUAUAAAUUCUCUUCGACGUAUUUCCGGUUUUGUCGCCUAAGAACGCACGUAUGAGUCGAGGGUUAGUGCGAACGAGCGAGAUAGAUAGAUAGAUAGAUAGAUAGACAGAUAAAUAGAUAGAUAGAUAGAGAAAGAAAGAGAGAGAGAGAGAGAGAGAGAGAGAAGGGAUAGAAAAA